AUGUCAUUCAUACUCAAGAUGAACCACGCAUGCCGCCGCACAAAUGCCCUAUUGAGCGGCUCCAGGCUCAACGCCAAGAUAUGUAACCGCCAAGUUCUUGUCUCGCGGUGCCUCACGACGUCAAAUCGCCGUGCGCCAUCACCAUUCGCUUUCGUUUUCGACAUUGACGGAGUUCUCCUGCAUGAGUCAAGGCCAAUCCCCGGGGCUACCGAAACAUUGGAGUUUCUUCAAAAAGAACAUAUUCCAUUCAUCCUGCUCACCAAUGGCGGUGGCAAACAUGAGACCGAACGAGUGCAAGAGCUAAGCAAGAGGCUUCAGGUCCAGCUAUCCACGAAUAACUUCAUUCAAUCGCACACUCCUUUCAGACAGCUGGCUAGUGAUUUGCAAAAUAAGAACGUUUUAGUGACGGGCUCCAAUGCCGAAAAGAUCCGGGGGAUUGCUAAGCAGUAUGGCUUCAAAAAUGUCAUCACGCCUGCCGACAUCCUGAGAUCCUACCCCGAUAUCUGGCCGUUUGAACCGCCUCUGGACUUUUCCUCCGGGAGAGUGCUGUCCCAAAAAGACCUCAAGAUUGACGGGAUAUUUGUUUAUAACGAUCCACGCGACUGGGCAUUUGAUAUUCAGCUAAUAGUAGACCUGCUCUUAUCGGAGAAUGGGGUGCUAGGUACUUUGUCUGCAAGCAACGGGAGAAGGGAUUUGCCAAACAACGGAUGGCAGUUAGAUGGGCAGCCUUCCAUCUUCUUUUCCAAUCCAGACUUAUACUGGAGUACGGCGUAUCACUUGCCUCGCUUUGGUCAAGGUGCUUUUCAAGGUGCCCUCUCAGGCGUGUGGAAACAGGUCACGGGAGGGCAGGAGCUGAAAUGUCACAUUAUUGGGAAACCGCAUCACCACACCUUUGAAUAUGCCGAGCGCGUAUUGAACGACCACAGGACCACCAUGAUCGGAACGUCGGCAGGGAUCGGCAGCCUGCAGACGGUUUACAUGGUAGGAGAUAACCCGGAGAGUGAUAUUCGGGGAGCCAAUAGGUACAAGAGCGCCCAUGGCACCAAGUGGAAUUCGAUUCUAGUUAAGACGGGUGUUUGGGACCAGGAACGUGGCAAUCCAACGUGUGUACCAGAUGCGAUAGCUGACAAUGUUUCGGCUGCAGUGAAGUGGGCGGUGGAGCGGGAGAACUGGCGAUCUUCGUAG